AUGUCAAAGACCGGGAAGCGCCAGGCCCUCUUUCCUGCAGCCGAGGAAUUCAAGGAGGUCACGUUGGGUAGGGUGGACGGCAGACACACGCAAGGCGGGAGCAGCAAGGGCGAGAGUCGACCAAGCCCUAGCCAGAAGGGGGAGGAGCGCGGGCGAGAAAAGGAGAGGAAGAGGAUGAGGGAGAGAGAAGAGAAGAAAGAUGACUCUGACAAGGUGAGGAAGGAAGGGGAAGAAAAGCAGAGUCGAGAGAGAGAGGAUUUCGGGGGCUGGUAUCGAGGCUGGUCACCGUAUUACGGGCCCUCCAUAUUCCCGUCGACACUGCUAUUGAUUCUGGUCUGCAUCCUCCGUGUCGCCAAUUCCAAUCUGACGAUCGGGUCAUCCGGCCCACGAGACCACGGCGAUCACGAUGCCGGCGGAUGCGGCGGAACGGAGAGGACGGAGGCCGAGGAAGCACAAGUCCGCAUAAUCAUUGGCAUUACCCACUCCUUCUGGUCUGACCGUGCUAAGAUGAUAAUUUGUGCCUUGACUACCCAGUCCCAAAUACCUUUGUCUACCGAGAGAACCCAGAACCACUCCUCUGAGAUCCUCCCGCCAUCCGCCACCCCCCGAGUGCCUGGUUGCACGUGA